AUGAAUUUUCUGCGUCUUCCGGCCGCUCGUAGCCCCCCUUUUUCCCUUUUUGAAUCCCCCCCUUAUCCGCGUUCCUCCUCAGCUUCUUGCCUCCCGAUCCGGGCUGUGGUCACAAGUCCCAACUCCCGCUUCCCUUGGCGAGCCACAGCUCCGCGACUGCGCGAGGCGCGGCUUCGGAGUCCGAAGGUUUCGCUCGGCGGAGGGCAGGAUGCGCCUCCUAAUGAGGCAUUGGUUGGGAACAGGCGGGGAGGAGCGUUUGAGGCUUCCUUGGUGGAGUCUGAGGAUUUGGGGAGGGACGGGGAGGUGUUUAAGAAGACGCUGAGGCUGGUGGAGUGCGCCAUGUUUGCCUCGGUCUCUGCCUUAGCCUACCUCCUGAGCAAUUCUCUCGCUAUCGAGGUGGGUUUUGGAAUCAAUUUUGAUCCGCGUCGCUUGAACCUCUAUUGGAAGUCGGUCUUUUAACACCCUUCCUACUGGAAGUAGACGUUAAAAAAACUGAAUUAUUUUUAAAUUGAUGAUUCCUUGGUUUAAUAUUUCAUCGGUCUUCGUUCACUAGAAUGGUUCAUCAAUGGUGUCGGUACAUUUUUUAAGAGCCUUGUAAUGCUCCGUUGACGAGUGACAAUUAACAGUGCCCCCUGAAUUCAAUGUCUUAAGAAUGAUAUCACAAUCAGCUGUGAAAGAAUCAAAUCAAAAUUCAUGAAUAUUAUAAAAGACGUAUCUUUAAAACUUCUCUAAGCUCUCAGAAUGGUAGGAUCCGUUAGGAAUACCUCUGAUCUUAUCUGUACCACUAGCAUCGUAUUUGAAAAGUGAGAAGAUUCUUUAUUCUUGGUUAUUGUAUGACCUUCAUGGGUCUUCACAAAAAUUGAUCGACAAGACUUGGCAUAUUUUCUGAUUCGUAAUAAACUAAAAAAGGAUGAUUCUCAAGACAUGGAAAAAGUAUUAUUUGGAAACCCAUUAUAUCUUGAAUCCAUAUCUUGAAAUCAAAUACAAUGUAGGCAUUCCUUGUGGGUCGAUUUGAAAUUGACAGUUGUCGUAAAGAUGGUUUAAAAGCUCAUAAAAUAUUUUAAAAUUAUCAUGUAGGCUGACUUCGUAUUUGCAUGGUGAUGCCCAUCUCUUAUGCACUCAUUCGGUGGAUAAUAUCCGUCCAUGUGCACAUAUGUUUAUUGAUCUUUGUGACAAAGCUAGAGACAAUAAUUCAGGGAUUUUUUUUAAAAGACUGCUUUUAGUUUUCCACCCAUUAUUUGAUUGGACUUCCAUGUUCAUAUGCGGAGUGCAGACACUUUUGAAGGCAAUGUUUUGUUCGAGCUAUUCUAGUCACAAAGGGAAAGAACGUCGAUUGCCAACUCUUGAAAUCUAAAUUCAUUCUUCUGUGUUUCCAAUUUUGAAACCAAAUUUUAGCUGUCUCAUGAUUUCUCUGUUUCCCAAACCCAUUAAUUUGCAGCUAAGAUUCAAGACGACCAUUAUAGGACUAAGUGGAAGUAUAAUUCUCAGGUAAAAACCAUAGAGGAAAGAUAAGAAAUGUUUAGAAUCUUUACUUUCUAAGCUUGCAGAGGGUAUUUGAUGUAGUGCAGAAUGAUGGAAAUAAGGAAAGGCAAAAAGUGCAACGCAAUAGGCACUGAAGGGUCAAGCGUGGAAGGUCCUACAAGAGUCAUCUGAGUUGCCCAUGAGGCUCAAAACGUGUUACCCUUCCUUAGACUGAUAUUAUUUUUCCUUGUAGAAAUCCUGGAUGUUAGCAGAUUUUCCUUUUCAAAUAUUAUUAUUCAAGGGACCUAGAACUAGUUCUAGUUUUUACGAACCCUGCUAUUUUGGUUCUUGUGAAUUCAAGGAUUACCACGUUCAUUCCUUGCGGAUGGAAAAUUCGAAUUAUUAUUCUUGACUUUUGCUACAUCAAUUUGACAAAUGCGUUGAACUGACAUGGGCUGUUUGGAAGUAUGACUUUGGGUUCUUCCAUUUUGAGAGGAAUAACGAAAAUGUGUGGAACUAGCCAGAAGAUUAAGUUUCCUUUAAUAUUGGACCGGUCCUGAUUUGGAGUCCCUGGAGUUUGGAGUUGGCAAUGUCUUCAGGUAGGGAGACUCCGAUUGAAUGUGUUCAUUCCGAUAGCAUCUUCAGCUGGUUGGUUAUUUCCUUCAAAACCUCGUCUAUAUUAUAUGCAUUUCUUUAAUUACUUAGGCAGUACAUAUGUUCUGGUUAUUUCAUUGAAAAGAGAUUUUGUAGCAUAUAUAGGGCAUAGAAAUUGCCAUUUUUUUCUCGUGUGCUACUUGGUGGUCUGGGGUGAUUCAAUAGAUUAGAGAUACGAUGCCUUGUUAGAGUGUGGACCUUCCUUCCAUUCGGGAGCUGGACUGGAGUUAAGGACCAAGGCCAGUUUUAUGAUGCUGUUAGUUUUUGGUAAACGCUGGUCUGGUUUGGACAUCUAGUCUGCUAGGAAUUCCAAUCAUCACUAAUGAGAAAGGCGCAUGCAUCAGUUAGAGCCUAGUGACUUAGGUAAAUUAGUUUUUUAUUCGAAAAUAAAUCAGAAUAAUUAUCUGGUUCUGAUCAGUUUCAACACUUAUCUCCAAUAAUAUCCCCGAGUCGUGGAUCAUCAACUGUUCUUCCAAAAAUAAUCCGCCAAUCUCGAAAAGCAUGGUAUCAAGGUAUUCUUUGUGCCUUGAUACCAUGCUGAAAUGGGGCUGCAUGUAGUUAUACGUCUUAAGGUAUUUUGUUGGUUCAUUUCAUCUCUUGAUGCUGCACUGGAGCCUGAAUUGACCCUAGGCUUGUCCUACACAACUUUAUUAGAUAGGCAAGUUUCUAACGGGCAUAAAAUCUUUGAUCACUUGUAGAUGUAAAAGAAAAUACAAUGUUGGAAUAUAUAUUAGAUGUAUGGACGUUUUUAGGCGAGGGAAUCUGCUUAUAAAAUUAUGCAAGGAGGUAAAAACAUUUUGAUGGAGGUGGUCCGGGUAUGAGGGGCAAGAUUGAGAUGCAGAUUAAAAUUAUGACCUACGAACCUAUGAAUUUAACUUCAUAUAAGUUCUUUAUGGAGAGCUUUAAAUUGGGGAUUGUUUUCAGUAUCCAUCAUUCUCUAACUAUAUGAUGGGCUGAACAAGGUAUUUGUUUAACCCUGGAAAUUAUGCAGUUCCUGGAAGUGGCCCGGCGGGUUGGAGCAAUGAUAUUCCUUAUGUGAUUGAGACUGUUUAAUUUAAAAAUGAAACCAGACUAUUCGUUCCAUUUAGAAGAGGCCUUCCACUACAUGAUUUCUUUCUCCGAUAUUAUGUUAUAGCAAAUGAUUGUUAUGUGUCUCACAAACCAUGUGUCUGCUUUGAUACUCUAUUUUGACCACAUUCUGGAGCUGAGGACAGAAUAGGACUCAUGUGAUUUCUUCGAUGAGGGGGUUCUCUUACAGUUCGUUGAAGGUUUUCUCAAUGUUUGCUUAUGAGCUUGUAUAUCACCAUUGACUUUUAUUCUCCCCUCUAGCAUAAGAGUGGCAUGUAUUUAAUAGAAGUUUUCUCUUUGCAGAACUACAUAGGCUGUUUUUUCGCGUUGCCUAUAGUCAUUUCUUCAAUGAGAUGGGGUCUGACAGCUGGAAGAAAAACCAUGGUCUGUUAUCUUUACCUGCAGUCGACGUUUUUUUUUAUUCUUAUGUUUGUAAGAUGAUGUCUCUGAAUUUUAUCAUAUAAACAUUGCAAGGUUGCUACGGCAGUGUUAUUGCUUACAUUGGGUGGUCCAGUUAAAGCUUCAACUUAUCUGGUAUGCAUACCUAGUUCUUACUAUGAUCUUCUAUUCAGUCGCAUGGUUUUUCUGUAUGGUUAACAGGUCUCCCUUGUUGGUAAUUUCUGCUGUUUUCAUUGGAUCCUCACUUUAUGUAAACUUUCCAAAAGAAACCCUCUAUGCUUCCCCUAGACUGGGAAAGAGUUUAUGUACCUUCGAUGUAGCCGUAUUAUCUUCGUUAAGUGUACUAUCAUCUACUGCCGUAUGAAUGAAAAGCGUUAUGAAAGCAUGGGAUAAUGCCAGUAAAUCUCCGCAAGGUGCCUCUGAAUGAAAUAAAUAAAUAUUUUCUUGCAUGGAUAGCUGUUAUUGAAUCCUCCUGGGGUUUUCAUAUUCAUCAGCCUGACGCGUAUAAGAAUCACAUUUUAGUUACCUUGUCUCCAUAUUCUUACGGUUCAUUUAGUUAUUUGUUAUCUAAUGCUUGUGAGCAGGUAGCUUAGCAAUUAUUUUUUACUUGCAUUCUCGUAAACUGUCUACAUGGACAUCAGGACGAAUUUGUUGCUCUACAGUUUUCUGAUUAUUUUCAACUACUGUGCAGCUCAUGCAUGGAUUUCUUGGAUUCACCAUGGGUUCUCUUUGGAGGUGGAUGCUAUGCUUGCAUGCCCACUUUACUUUUAAAUCAACUAUCAUGACUUGAACUGUGGCCGUGUUUCUGCGGCUUCAAUCUUUAAUAUUACAUUCUGAGUUAUCCUUUUGUUCUCCAGGAUGCAGACAAGUUGGGGUCUUUCCAUUGCUGUCUGUUCGCUCGUAGUGUCUAUUAACCCUGGGCACCUCUUUUCUCCGGCUUGACUUCUUACUAAUUUACUGUGAAAUUAAAAACUGUAGUUCAUCUAUGUAGGUUCGUGCACUGGGUGCAGUAGGCUUUGUCCUGAUAACUUCAUUCCUGAUCAGGGAAAACAUACUUGCUUUAGUAAGUAUAUCAUGGGCCCUGAUUUCUCGAUCUCUGUUGAAAUUAUCUGCUACUCACUAUGGCAAUGUAAUUUCUAGAUCACCAUCAACAUGCACGCAACCUUUUCAUUCAUGUGCGCUUCUGUUGGCAUCAGCGCCCCCACGAUGAACACAAUAUAUGUUACUUUCGGAGUUCUGGUAACUCUAAGCAUGGUCCCCUUUGAUUUAUACGGUUUAUAUCUUCAAUGGAAACUGAUGUAUGUUCCUUGUGACCAGCUUAUGAUGAACUGUGGAAUCUUGGUUCUCUUACUGCACAUUCUCUAUGGAAUUUUUCUCACAAAACUUGGCAUGAAGGAUUCUUUGAGACUGCCAAGAUGGCUAGAAAAAGCAGUAUGA